GGGUGUCUGGCGUGCCGUACGUGUUAACUGUCAAAUAUGUUGUUGAAGUUGGAUUAGAAGGUGCGGCGCCGAAAAAGAAACCCCGUCUUUUUGUGUAUCUGAAGGCAGCUUUCUGUGUUUGAACUGGUGAACCAUGGGCAACACCAGUGACAGAGUCUCCGGUGACCGCCAUGGGGCCAAGAGCCAUCGCACAGACAGCGGUGGAAGCCACAAAGACCAUGAACCAAGCAAGAUGGUAGACAGCACAGAUGACCCUAAUAUCUUUAACACGCAUGGACCUGAUGCAAAGACUGCAGGGGAGAAGGACUUUCCUCCGGAUUUAGAUGACUUGGUAAAAACAGGUCCACAGGCACGGCCUACAGUUAUACGGUGGGGAGGAGGGGGAAAAGAGGUAUACAUCGCGGGCUCCUUCAACAACUGGAACACCAAGAUCCCACUCAAUAAAAGCCAUAAUGACUUUGUUGCCAUCCUGGAUUUGCCUGAGGGAGAGCACCAAUAUAAGUUCUUUGUUGAUGGGCAGUGGGUUCAUGACCCUUCUGAGCCGGUGGUGACAAGUCAGAUGGGCACCAUCAAUAACCUGAUCCAGGUGAAGAAAUCUGACUUUGAGGUGUUUGAUGCGCUGCAGGUGGACUCACUUGAGUGCUCUGAUACUUCUGAUCUGUCCAGCUCCCCGCCUGGUCCUUAUGGACAGGAAGUAUACAUGUUUCGACCAGAGGAACGUUUCAAAUCCCCGCCCAUCCUCCCCCCUCACCUCCUCCAAGUCAUCCUCAACAAAGACACCAACGUAUCAUGUGAUCCAGCUCUGCUGCCUGAACCCAACCAUGUGAUGCUCAACCAUCUAUAUGCACUCUCAAUAAAGGAUGGUGUGAUGGUCCUCAGUGCGACUCACAGAUAUAAGAAGAAGUACGUCACCUCUCUGCUGUACAAGCCUAUAUAAAUCUGGAUGCCUGGCUGGGGGCCGGGCAACAUGCCUGUACUGUCUCUCUCUGUACUGCUCCAUCUAGCUGAGAUGGCACUGCACACCCACUUUACAGUGGUUCUGAGAACUGCUGGCGCUCAAUCACACACUCGAGGAGUGAGUCAGUGUCUGUGUGUGGGUUUGUGUGUGUGUGUGUGUGUUGUCUCUGUCGGCACCUGCGUAAGGACUACUGAAUCGUAUUUAACCACUCAAGUGCACCAUUAAGUGAUUGCAGUCAUACAUUUUUGAGUUUAUUUGAGAUUAUAUUGCCCAAAGUUUUACAGAAGAUUAUGUAAUUUUAAAGAAGACUAAAGCAAACAGACAUACUGGCAUGUUUUAGUUCAGAUCUCCAGCAACAGCAUCAUGUUAACCAUGUUUAUGACUUGAGACUGAGACGUUUUUAUGUGCAUUGAAUGCCAUUUUAUUAGCUUUUAAGUGUUUGCGUUUUUGUGUCUUAUUUAUUUAAACAAGAGAUUAUUGCAUGAUGGAGUGUCUGUUUGCAGGUUAACAAUAAAGGGUUUUCUGUAUGUAUUUAUUAAGUAGUAGGUCAAGACAAAAUAGUAAGAGUGUCUCUGAGUUAAGGACUGAGCUGUGACUUUUUUUCAUUGGAGUGGGUCUGAGGGAUGCUGUCAAGAGCAAGAAACUGCAAGUUGGCAGUCAACAAAACAAUAUUAAAGGAACAGUUUGCCAAAAAAAGUCUAACUUCCACAAUUUUCUCCUUAUCCCAAAUGUACGAGAUUCCCAGUAAUAGCAUGUUUAGUAAUAUUUGGUGUAGGGCUGCACGAAAUGGACAAUAGCUAGUACUGCUUUAUUCAUUUUACCCUACAGACUGCAUUUUAACACAGCUCUGGCACUAAGUAUAAAACUUAAGCUAAGGGUAGUAAUUUUGUGAUUUGUUGGUUUGUAAUUGACUGUUUAGCUGAAUGGUUAAGUGACUUGUUUUCCAUGUGGAAGAGCAGGAUUUAAGCCCAGACCACUUGGGCACUGUGAAAGUGAGAGGAUUUGAUCUGUUCUAUCAUCACAGCCCAUAAUGGUGUGUAUCUUGGAAAAAAAUACAAUUUAUCGUGCAGCCCCAGUUCAGAGUCCAAGGUUUACUUCUGUAGUUUUUGCACUGGAGCUAUGAUGCUAAUGUAGCUAACAAGAAAUGGAAGCACAUACUCAGCUUUGCCUGUGCAAAUUGCUGUUAUCUCAGAUAGACUUGCGUGGUUUCUGACACUGUAUGGACAUACUGUUACCUAUUAAAGUGGACAGAAGUACAUUGCAUGGAAAAAGCAGUAAUAGCAACCAUGUUGAAGCCUGAAUUUAGGGUAAGGGGAAAAUUGUGUACAUUUGACCUUUUUGUGAACUGUUCCUUUACAUAUUAGAUUAAGACUGAACAGGUAGAACUGUGAAUUGGGGGAAAAAAAGAAUGUUCUGAGAUGUUUUUUUCUGUUUGGUAUGAUGCGGUCAAAGCAAGAAACUGGUCACUGAAAUGAUAUUGCGAGGGCUGGCUGCAUUGGUAGUCUUGUCUGUGGGGAGCACCUGCAUGCCAUUGCCUUUCACUGCGAUCGCGUAAGCACUUUAACCAUGUUUUCACUGUGAGGUUCAGACAGAGAGCUUUCAGUUUAUUGAACUGAAUGGAAUUGAAUAUUCUUUAUUGUCCCUGAUGGGAAUUUUUUUCAACUAUGCAGUGGACAAAUCUAGUACUGUAGUCUCCAAUUGGACAACUUCACUUUCUUUAAUGCGAUAGCCUAGUUAUAAUGUUUCCAUGUAUUUAUUUGUGCUGUUUUUGCGAAACAGGAAUGUAUUAAUAAUAACAUUUGCUGUUUUUAUGUUUUCCAAAAUGCUGGUUUACUCAGUUUAGUGUGAUGAUGACCAAGAUGCUGGUUUUUAAUGAAGGCUACAAGACCUUCAGUAUGAAAAGGUGUGUUUGGUCUUGGUUAAAGGGCAGCAAGUGAUCAUAGGUCAAAUAUCUUGGUACUCGAAACUUGUGUGGAGGUUUCUAUCACAUUUAACGUGUUGAGAUUCAUGUUGUUUUACAUUGAUAUUUGAUGGCACUGUUUUAAGCUUGUGAUGGUGUACGCCUCGCUUGUUUGAAUCGUUGUGUGCAUUGUUUCCCUCCAAAGAUGUAGCAGAAUUGUGGAUUCUGGACAGUGUAUCCCAGAUUGAAAGGUUGUUAUGGCAACACGAGUAGCUUUUGAGUUGUAGUCCCUUCUGAAAAAAUCCAAACACUUGAAUUCACUUGAAAGCUUUGUUGUAUCUCUUAUUUAAAGCAAAGCAGCAUCUUUUGUUAAGCCAUGUAUUUUAUGAUACUGUACUUUUGUUUGCAAAUAAAAGGGAUACAGUCUGAUGCUGAGA